AUGGGACCCCUGCCCACCUCCCCGGUGGCACUUCACUGCCCCCCAGCCUGUGCAGGCAGCCUGAGGACGGCGGGAUCAGGACGCCCCCAGGCGGGGAGGGCGGGCUGUCCGCCCCAGCAAGCUGGUCCUGGCCCAGCCCCCUCCCCCCGCGGGGUGUCUCUCCCUCCAGCUCCUCUCCCCGGGGGGUCUGCCUCCCGACCCGCCUCAUCUGCGCUCCGUCAGGGGGAGGCCUGGAACUCGCGGUGGGCGAUACCGCAAGUAGGACCCGUGCUGGGAGCCUGGGCCAGAGGAAGGGGAAAGGGCCGCCAGGAACCCCCCCCCCCCCCCACCCGUCCGCUGGGCUCAGCUGAACCAAGCGGUCCCGGCGCCGCCGCCCCCCACGCACUGCGCUCACUCGCUGCACAACAGUGCGCCCACGCGGCCGCAGACGGAACUGCAGGUGGCGACCGUAAACCUCUCUGCGCAAUGUUUUCUUAG